GGAGGCGGGCAGAGGCAGGGAGCAGCUGUUUUCUGGAAGGGGGUCACGUGAGGCCUCUCGGUGUGGUGGGUGGAGACAGAAAGCUGCGGUUAAGUAGGGUCGGAUUUAACCGUCCCAGGGAAGCGCGCCCGAGCUGGAUCGCGGAGCGGGCUAAGGUAGGGACCGGGCAGCGGGCGCUCUCCUGGGCGCUCGUGCAGUGACACCUGCGCCCCCGCGGUUGGCUGGCGGCGGGCCGGCUCCCCAGGAGGGUGGGCGUACGCGGCAGGAGCUCCAGGCCAACCUCAGGCCACCGCCAACUCCGCCCGGCGUCUGGGAGGCGCUGGCUGCGCAUUGGGCGGCUGAGGCAGGACCGUCUUGGGGCCCCAAGGAGCUCCGGGAGCGGUAGUGAAUUCCUAAGAAGAAAAUAAUGGAUUGCAUAUUACUUGUUCUCUAAUUGUUUGAACUCAGAAGUGUGCAGGUUUGUUGCAAAAGCCAAAAGAAGAUGGCAACUCCUUAUGUCCCAGUUCCUAUGCCAAUAGGGAACUCUGCUUCCAGUUUUGCAACCAACAGGAACCAAAGAAGUUCUUCUUUUGGGAGUAUCUCAACAAGCUCAAACUCUUCCAAAGGCCAGUUAGAAGACUCAAAUAUGGGUAAUUUUAAACAGACAGGUGUACCUGAUCAAAUGGAAAGCACUUCAUCUGUCUGUAGCAGUCCCCUCAUUAGGACUAAAUUUACAGGUGCAGAUUCUUCCAUUGAGUAUUCUGCUAGACCAAGAGAAAGUGAAGAACAAAAUCCUGAAACAGUGAAUUUGGAAGAUAGACCUUCUACACCUAUUAUCCUGGGUUAUGAGGUGAUGGAAGAAAGAGCUAAAUUUACUGUAUAUAAAAUACUAGUAAAGAAGAGUCAAGAAGAAAGCUGGGUAGUUUUUAGAAGAUACACUGACUUCUCUAGGCUUAAUGAUAAAUUAAAAGAGAUGUUUCCAGGCUUUCGAUUAGCACUUCCACCAAAACGCUGGUUUAAAGAUAAUUACAAUGCCGACUUUUUAGAAGAUAGACAAUUAGGAUUACAAGCGUUUCUUCAAAAUUUAGUAGCUCACAAGGACAUUGCUAACUGCCUUGCAGUGAGAGAAUUUCUUUGUCUGGAUGAUCCACCAGGUCCAUUUGAUAGCCUAGAAGAAAGCAGGGCUUUCUGUGAAACUUUAGAAGAGACAAACUACCGUUUUCAAAAAGAACUACUUGAAAAACAAAAAGAGUUGGAAUCACUGAAGAAACUGCUCUGUGAGAAGCAACUUCUUAUAGACACGCUAGAAAACAGAAUCAGGAACUUAUGUUUAGAACCUGAAGAAUCACUGCUCGUGUCAGGAACAGAAGGUGAACAGAUCCUAAAGGUGGAGUCCUCUGCACUUGAGGUUGAUCAAGAUGUCUUAGAUGAAGAAUCUAGAGCUGAUAAUAAGCAAUGCUCAAGUUUUUGUGAACCUGAAAAUUCCAUAUCAGACAUAGAAGUGGCAGAAGUGGCAUAUAAUGUGGAAGACGACUAAUGCAUCUCAAGUGGUUCCUUCCAUUUUUACGUUCCUGCAAAUUUAGAAUAGAGUAGCAGAUAUUUAAAAAAAAAAAAGGAGACUGAAGCAUUUACAGAAAACAGCAAGAUUGCACAUGUAUAAAGUUUACAUAAAGAAAAAUUUAAGUUAUUGGUAUAGGAACUAUAUUCACUGUUGCUUUACAUUGUCUUUUAGCCAACCUUUGUAUUUAACACACUAAAAAAAAUCUAGAGUUCUGUCAUCAAGGCCCACAUCCUGAAAUACUGUGCAUAAAUUAUUUUGUUGUUUUGCCAAUAUAUUGCUCCAGACUAACGUGGGUGUGCACACUUUGUGUGUGUGUGUGUGUGUGUUUAAAUCACCAGUUACAUUAGUUAAGUGGACAUAAAUUGCAUGUUGCUGUCUGUUGGUUAUAUACUUCCUUGUGUCUCAGACAUGAUAUAUUUUCAUUAAUGGUUUAAAUAAAUGGUAAAGAUGAAUUGAGCUUUAAAUGUUGACAUGUUUAUCAUCUCUACAUAAAAGUUGCUUAUCUGGAAUGUUACUAUUUAAAAGAAGAAAACUUUCUAGUACCAAAGGAAAACUCUUUGAAAGAGCUGUAAUAACAUAGCUAAAGUGAUAAAAUAGCCUUGAUUUUAAAAGCAAAUUCACUAAUAUCAAAAUACGAAAAUAAAUGUUGUACCAGUGUAUUAUAUGUUAUACUUGUAUAUUUUCCACAUAAUCUUUAUCUUAAAUCUCUACCUAUAGAAUCAGUGGGUUUGCCUUUGUCAGAACACUACCUCUUUUUGCUAAUCAAGGCAUACCCUUUUGAAAAUAUAGAUUGUAAGCAAAUAGGCAGUUAUACAAAAAAAUAAAAGAGAAAAAGCCAUAUAUCCUGCAAAGUUCCUAUGUCAACUCCUGGCAUUGCAUUUUUAUUUCUGUAUAUGUGAAUAUGUUGCUAUAAUGUAUUGAUGCUGAUUUUCUUCUUAAUAUAUUUAGCCAAGUGAUGCACUUUAUGACAAUUAAACUCUUUUGUGCCAAGUUUAAUUGGUGAAUUUCUUUAGUAAGUGGAGUUAGGAAAAAGAAUUAUGUAGUGCCUUCACUAUUUCACUCUUUACAGAAGUCUCCUAGAGUCUUUGAGUCCGCGUUAUGAAGAAAAUGUUUAUCUCAGCUUUGCAUAUAGUUGUUGAAAGUGCCUUGUUUCAUUUUUAUAGUAUGAAGUUAUUUAUUUUACAUUUCUAUUGUUUUGCAUAUUGCUGUUAAUAAGCACUGUAAUAAUGUUGGCGUUUUGAAAUCCCAGUUGGUAUAUUGAACUGCAUAUGCUUUCUAAAAACUGACGGAAACUUAUUGGGGAAAGAAUAACAGUCUCCGUUUUUUUCUUUCACUAGCUAAAAGCUUAUCAGUAUCUUGAUGUACAUAUUAAGAUGUGGUUGUUUAAAAUUCUACGGACGUAGAUUAAUAGAUACAAUGGCUGUUGUCAACCUUUGAUCUAAAAAGGAGACUGCUUUUUACCAAAGUACCAAAAUUUUUUAAAGUCUUCAUCAAAAUGGACAGGUAUGCUCUAUCUCAAUAUUUUCCACAAACUGUAUUAGAAAUGUGUGUGCUGUCCGGGGAGACAGAAAGAGUAUAAUAAAAUGGUCUACUUGUUCAUUUCAAAAUAUUAUUCUAGGCUUUAAAAAGGUUUAAAAAAGAACAAUCAUUUAAAUUAAUCAAUAUCAUUUUUAGUCUAAUAAAACAAGAUGAUAAAUUCCAGAUAUUGUAGUGCUACAUACAUGUCUGUUUUAAAGUGAACCCUACACUUUCAAAAUCUGGCCUUUCAGAAGAUUGUAUUUAAAACUUUGAAUGGGUGAAGAAAAACUCUUGUUAAUUAGGGAAACCACUAUUGUUUAUAUUUAGAAUUUACUUUUAUAAUGCAUCUUAUUCCCAGUGUUAUACUCAUUUAAUAAAUUAUUUUUUCAGUACAACAGUAACUGUGUUGUUCAGAUCUUGAAUACUAUUUUUCUCCUCCAGUUUCUAUGUUCUUCUUCCUAUCCCUUACGAUUAUUGUAAAUUUAAUUACAGUUAACUGCUGCAUUUCACAGAUGUGGAAUGAGUCUGUGAUUUUCUUUUUAAGUUUACACUUUAUAUUACUGAUCAUUUUAAGUCUUUGUAAAUAGGUGCAGUGCAUUUCAAAUGUAACCAGUAUUGAUUAAA